AUGGCCUCUUUCACUCUAUCAGGGUUUGCAAAUCAUCCUGAACUACAAGUUGUUCUCUUCUUAAUAUUUCUCUUUAUUUAUUUUUUCACUGUUAUGGGUAAUCUUGGACUAAUUAUUUUAAUUAAAAUCGACUCUCAACUUCAUACCCCUAUGUACCUUUUCCUUAGCAACUUAGCCUUCAUUGACAUUUCAUAUUCUUCAACAAUCACACCUAAAGCCCUGGAUGAUUUCCAAUCAAAGCAGAAAAACAUAUCUUUUGUGGGAUGUUUUGUUCAAAUGUAUUUCUUUGUUGGUUUGGUAUGUAGUGAAUGUUUUCUCCUGGGAUCAAUGGCAUAUGACCGUUAUGUUGCAAUAUGUAACCCUCUGCUUUAUUCAGUUGCCAUGUCCCAGAAAGUCUGUAUCUGGCUGAGUGUAAUGCCAUAUGUAGUUGGUUUCAAUAAUUCUUUGAUAACUGUUUGUGUCAUAAGCAGCUUGUCAUUUUGCAACUCUACUAUUGACCAUUUCUUCUGCGACACGACAGCCUUGUUGGCCAUAUCCUGCCAUGACAGUUUCAAUACAGAAAUGGUGAUAUUUCUGCUAGCAGGAUUUACUCUGCUCAGCUCCCUUGGUAUUAUCACAGUCUCUUAUGUUGCCAUCAUCUCUGCCAUUCUGAAGAUCCGUUCCACAGAAGGUCAGCGCAAAGCUUUUUCCACCUGUGCCUCUCACCUUUUGGGAGUGACUAUAUUUUAUGGCUCUCUCAUUUUUACAUAUUUGCAGCCAGAUAAUACAUCAUUCUUGACUGAAGCCCAAAUAGCAUCUGUGUUCUAUACAAUUGUCAUCCCCAUGCUUAAUCCUCUCAUUUAUAGUCUGAGGAACAAGGAUGUGAAGAAUGCCUUGAUGAGAGUCAUACACAAGAAAAUGUUUCCCCAUUGA